AUGACCACCUACGGCAAUUUCCAACGAUACGACCUCCUGGACUCGGAGGGGUACGGAUCCGCGAGCAGUCCGGAGUCGAACCCCAGAAGUGGCUGGCCGGUCCAGGAGACGUACCCCCAGCCUCCGAGGUCGAGGGGCAGCAGCUGCGGAAGCGUCAGUUCCGUGGACAGCCAGCAUCAGCAGGAGUACCAAGAGAUCGGCAACUUCAAUGGCAACUUCAACGGCCUAGGAGCUGGCUUCGGCCCCGAGGCGUACGAGACCAAGGGCUUCUUCGGGAUGAACCGGCGCUACGAGGAAACCUACGAGAAGACGGGCUACCAUUCCUGCCAGGCUCCGCAAAAGACCUUCGACGGCUCCUACUCCAAGAACCUGUACUACUCCAGGUGCGACUCCUUCCAGGACUCCGACGGUUUCGGGAAAAGAGCUACGGUUUUCGCCCCUGGGAAGGUCGAUGUCUACGGUGGCAAAGCCGAUCCCUACCGCGUCGCCAAAGAGGACGUCUACCAAGGAAACGCGUUUCCGGGGACCAGGAGCGAUGCACCGGGAUGUGCUCAGCUGCAGCAGAGGGGCGACUCGCAGGUGCAGCCCAGAUUUCAAGGCUCUCAGGACUCCGCCGAGUUCGCCGCGCAGAAGGCCAAGGAGAUCCUCCACAAGGUCAAAAGUGGCACUCCUGGGGUGGAGAUCCUCAGGAAGAGGAGGCUGGCUGCCAAUGCCAGGGAGAGGAGACGGAUGAACAGCCUCAACGACGCGUUCGACAGACUCAGAGACGUCGUGCCGAGCCUCGGCAACGAUAGGAAGCUCAGCAAGUUUGAGACCUUACAGAUGGCCCAGACGUACAUCGCGGCGCUCUACGAACUUCUGCAGAGGGAAUGA